AUGAACUAUACCUCGUUAGACAAAAGUGCCUUUCAGAAUCACCAAGCGGCCACACUGCUAUGUUGCAACUGUGGUGUACCCAUGGAAGGGUCUUCGGGCUUGGUGAUGUGUUACGACUGUAUCAAGCUAACGGUUGAUAUCACAGAGGGUAUUCCAAGAGAGGCUAACGUAUCGUUUUGUCGAAACUGUGAAAGGUUUUUGCAGCCUCCAGGUCAGUGGGUACAUGCACAACUCGAGUCUCGAGAGCUUCUGGCGCUAUGUUUGCGCCGUUUGAAAGGUCUGAAUAAAGUUAGAUUAGUGGACGCUUCAUUCAUAUGGACUGAGCCCCAUUCCAGACGUAUCCGUGUCAAGCUAACGGUGCAAGGUGAGGCCAUGACUAAUACGAUCAUUCAACAAACUUUCGAAGUCGAAUACGUGGUUGUCGCCAUGCAGUGUGCUGACUGUGCCCGUUCUUAUACUACCAACACCUGGAGAGCCACGAUACAAAUCAGACAAAAGGUUCCUCACAAGCGUACCUUUCUGUACUUGGAGCAGCUGAUCCUAAGGCAUAACGCACACGUAGAUACUAUCAACAUUCAGGAAGCCAAGGAUGGUCUGGACUUUUUCUACGGUCAAAAGAACCAUGCUGCGAAAAUGCUUGAUUUUCUGAACUCGGUGGUGCCAAUCAGAUCCAAAAAGUCCGAAGAGCUCGUGUCCCAAGAUACCCACACCGGUUCUUCUACUUACAAAUUCUCGUUCUCCGUCGAGAUUGUUCCAAUUUGCAGAGAUGAUCUCGUCGUUUUGCCCAAGAAGCUUGCCAAAUCGCUAGGCAACAUAUCUCAGUUCGUGCUGUGCUCGAAAGUCUCAAACUCCCUGCAGUUCAUGGAUCCGAUCACUUUGCAGACCGCGGAUAUGUCUGCACCUGUCUAUUGGAGGAAUCCAUUUCAGUCCUUGGCUGAGGUCUCGCAGCUGGUAGAGUUCAUCGUCCUCGACGUGGAUCCAACGGGCAAGAGCAAGAACAAAUGGGUGCUCGCCGAUAUAACGGUGGCCAGGGCUGCUGAUUUAGGGGUCAACGACCAAGUAUACUAUGUUCGCUCGCAUCUUGGAGCCCUUUGCCAUCCGGGUGAUAGUGUAAUGGGGUACUUCAUUGCCAACUCCAAUUACAACUCCGAUCUUUUCGACGAUCUGAACAUUGAGCACAUUCCGGAUGUAGUACUGGUCAAGAAGCAGUACAUCCGUAAGACUCGCAAGAACAGAAAUUGGAAACUUAAGAGAAUGGCUCGUGAACACCAGGAGAUCGACGCUUCCCAGGACUACACAUCCAGACAACAGAAGCAGGAAAUGGAAAGAGCUGAGAAAGACUACGAGACUUUCUUACAAGAGCUGGAAGAAGACGCUGAAAUGCGUCAAACCGUCAACCUUUACAAGAACAAUGCACAAGCUCCUCCUCCAGCGGAGGGAGAAAUGGACGAAGAUGAAGACGAAGACGCUCCACAAAUCGAUAUUGACGAACUACUUGAUGAACUGGACGAAAUGACGCUUGAUGAAUAG